GCACUUCCUGCGUCCGCUGGCAGCGGUUCCGAGUCCUCGGGUGUCUGAGCAGGGAGCGUUUGGACCCUCGUGGACUGGCAUUGGCAAGAGCCUCAGUGAACUGUUCGCCUUGACAGUUGGGCCACAGCCGGGACCUGCAGCCAUUUAAAUAGGCUUUUCCGCACUUGUGCCAUAAACUAUGAAAGCGAAUCCUUCUGACGUCCCACGCACCCCAAAUAUUCUCCUGGGAUGGCCGUCGGGACGACUGCUGGUUGCCGUGCUGUCCCUAGCGCCGCUCAAUCUAGCAGCUGCGGCCUGUCUUCUUAGCAAAUAAAACUGGUUUGAGAACUGCUAAAGCCAUGGGGGUGGCUACCAGCCUUGCUGCGCUUCCUGCGGUUGCACCCAGCUGUAUAGAGUAGAGGUGCCUUAACGUGGUUGUCCUCUGCACACCCUAUGAUACAGGCCUCUUAGGAAGCAGUCCGGGAUUCAGACGCUGGUGAAACGCCUUGUCAUCUUUAAUACCAGACAUUGGCAGUAAUUCGCUCAGCUGCACGGCUUCAUUAAAUUGGGCAAGUGUUUUACUUUAGAUAUUUGUGAAGACAAUCUUGUACAUUAGCAUUCCUACAUAAACAUUCAGAACCAUCUUUUCCGAUACAUGUGUGCACUGCGAAUAUAAAACUCUCUAUACGUUUUUGCCGAACGGUUUUUGUGACUUUCAAGAUGAUUUUCUUUCAGGCCACAUGUUUUUUGUUUUUUGUUUCUUUUCUUUUAUAAAUCGCUGGCUGCUAGUGACACGAAAGUUACACCAAGCAACAUAUGAGCUUACAGAUAUUUAAUUUUGUGAGGAGUAAUGAACAUUUACACGCAAAGUGUCCAAGCGGUAGUGAAAUGUAGCUAGUCAAAUGUAUUUAUUAUCAUCAAACUGCUACUGACUAAAGCAUUUCCCUUCCCUGAGCCUAAAAGCCAGGGUGUCACCCUGGAGAUAAGCACUGUGAUAAUUUGUGGGCCAGGUCCCCACUCUAAGAGUCCCUGAGUCAUUGCUCAAGAGGAGUGACACAUGAGUCAUGGACCCUGAAAUCUCUGAACAAGAUGAGGAAAAGAAGAAAUAUACUUCCGUCUGUGUUGGCAGAGAAGAGGACAUUAGAAAAUCAGAAAGAAUGACAGCUGUUGUCCAUGACAGAGAAGUGGUCAUUUUCUACCACAAAGGGGAAUAUCAUGCUAUGGACAUUCGCUGUUACCAUUCUGGAGGGCCCUUACACUUGGGAGAAAUUGAGGAUUUCAAUGGACAAUCAUGUAUAGUUUGCCCCUGGCAUAAAUAUAAAAUCACUUUGGCAACAGGAGAAGGAUUAUACCAGUCUAUAAAUCCUAAAGACCCAUCAGCAAAACCCAAGUGGUGUUCCAAAGGAGUAAAGCAAAGGAUUCACACCGUGAAGGUGGAUAACGGCAAUAUUUAUGUGACACUUUCUAAGGAACCAUUUAAAUGUGACUCUGACUAUUAUGCCACUGGAGAAUUCAAAGUGAUUCAGAGUUCCUCCUGAUAAAAAAUGUACAGCAACAAAAAUAAAAUAAAGUAAGAUGUGUGUAUGUUUGAAAAUAUUUUAAAGUAAUUUUGUUUCCGUACCAAAGAUGGAUUUUUUUCCAACAUAUGUACCUGUGUCUUGUCAGGCAGGGGCUGCAGAGAUGGGCCAGUGGCUAAGGGCUCAUGCUGUUCUUUCAGAGCACCUGAAUUCAGUUCCUAGCACUUAUAUAAAGUGGCUCAAAGUUCCCUAUGAUCUGAUUCCCCCUCCAAGGGAUGAUGCCCUCUUCUGGUCUCUGUGGGCACCUGCACACACAAGUCAUUUACACAUAAAUAAAAAUAAAAGCAGAUAUUUUUUAAAGUCUUAAAUCUGAAAAGUUUAAAAACACAUUUACUUUAGUAUGACUUCAGGGCCCCCACCCAGGUCAACAGGAUACAUUCCAUAUUUCUCAGGACUGAUUGGCAUCUGUACAUUAUAGGUCAACAGGAUACAUUCCAUAUUUCUCAGGACUGAUUGGCAUCUGUACAUUAUAGGUCAACAGGAUACAUUCCAUAUUUCUCAGGACUGAUUGGCAUCUGUACAUUAUAGGCUUGAGAUGAUCAGGUUAAGAAGCAUAAAGAUAACUUAGAGUAAACACAGUUGACAGCAGAUAAAGCAGAAAACUUAACAGGAAAAGUGUAAAUGAGGCAAAGACUUGUUUCCCCAAUCACAGCGUGUUUUGGAAAGUUUUCAUAAUUCAAACUCAGUCGCUUCAACAGUUCCCAGCAGUCCUCUGUUCCUCUUGCAUUGAUGUGUCCACAGGUUGCUGACUUCCGUAUUUAAUUACACUAUUUACAAUUUUAAAGGUAGAAUUUAAACACACUGAGAUCCUUGAAUUUUAGGUUGUAUAUUAUACAUUUGCUUACAAAUGUUUAGCACAUGUUUUACAUGUUAAAACUGCCACCAAAAAUUGAGGCCAAUGUAUAUGUUAAACUUAAAAAUGAGAAACUUAAAGCUUGUUCCAGCAUUCUGAGGCAGAGGUAGAAGGAUCUCUGCGAAUUAGAGGCUAACCUGGGCUACAUAGUGAGUUCUAAACAGCCAGCACUACAUAGUGAGACCCUAUCAAAGAAGGGGGCUGGGAAGUUAUAGAUAGGAAGACCCAGGAAAACGUAGCUUGGUCUUAACAUAUUCUCUUAUCAGGGCUGAUUCUUGAUGUAAAAAGCCACGAACAGUAACACCCUAACCAAGAUAUAUGUAAAGUCUCCUAUUCAACAAACCAAAGAACUUUACUUACAUGAACCUUUCAAAUAAAAGUUUAAAAGAAUUUUAGAG